CUAUCGCAUUCUUGAUUGUAGGCAGGCAGCUUUUGAAUAGGUAAGAUGGCGGCUGCGGCAGUAGUUGAGUUUCAGAGAGCCCAGUCUCUUAUUAGCACGGAUCGUAACGCCUCUAUUGAUAUUCUGCAUUCUAUUGUCAGGAGAGAUAUCCAGGACAGUGAUGAAGAAGCGGUUCGGGUUAAAGAACAGAGCAUCCUGGAGCUGGGGUCACUCCUGGCGAAAACAGGACAAGCAGCAGAGUUGGGGGGUCUGCUGAAGUUUGUGCGGCCGUUCCUCAUUUCCAUCAGCAAGGCUAAGGCGGCUCGGCUGGUCCGCUCCCUGUUGGACCUGUUCCUGGACAUGGAGGCAGCCACAGGCCAGGAGGUGGAGCUGUGUCUGGAAUGCAUUGAGUGGGCCAAGAUGGAGAAGAGGACCUUUCUCAGGCAGGCUUUAGAGGCCCGUUUGAUCUCACUCUAUUUUGACACUAAACGAUACCAGGAGGCCUUGGCGCUUGGGACCCAGCUGCUCCACGAGCUGAAGAAGAUGGAUGACAAGGCCCUGCUGGUGGAGGUGCAGCUGCUGGAGAGCAAGACGUACCAUGCCCUGAGCAACCUGCCCAAGGCCCGCGCCGCCCUCACCUCCGCCCGCACCACCGCCAACGGCAUCUACUGCCCCCCGAAACUGCAGGCAGCCCUGGACAUGAUGUCAGGAAUCGUCCACGCAGCGUCAGAGAAAGACUGGAAGACGGCCUACUCUUACUUCUUUGAGGCCUUUGAGGGCUACGAUUCCAUCGACCACCCCAGAGCCAUCACCGCCCUCAAAUACAUGCUGCUGUGCAAGAUCAUGCUGAACCUACCAGAGGAGGUGCAGUCCCUGAUCAGCGGUAAACUGGCCCUGCGGCAUGCAGGUCGACAGACAGACGCACUGAAAUGCGUUGCACACGCCAGCAAGAACAGAUCAUUAGCGGACUUUGAAAAGGCCCUUACAGAAUACAAAGCGGAGCUGAGGGAUGACCCCAUCAUCCGAACCCACCUGGCCAAGCUCUAUGACAACCUGCUGGAACAGAACCUUAUCCGUGUCAUUGAGCCCUUCUCCAGAGUACAGAUUGAACACAUAUCAGGUCUCAUCAAGCUUUCAAAGGCUGAUGUAGAGAGGAAAUUGUCACAGAUGAUCCUGGACAAGAAGUUUCAUGGGAUCCUGGACCAAGGCGAGGGUGUCUUGAUCAUAUUCGACGAGCCCCCGGUGGACAAGACUUACGGGGCGGCCCUCGAAACGAUUCAGAACAUGAGCAAAGUGGUGGACUCACUUUACAACAAAGCCAAGAAGCUCACAUAGAACAAACAGCGAGACCACGGCAGCACGGUGGGGGAUGUGUAUGCGACCGGCGUGUGUAACAUUUUAAGAAGGGGACAUGGGAGAGCGAAACCGCAACAAAAAGAGGAUUCCCGGUCCUCGACCCCUCCUUCCCCUGUGAAAGUUCCCCGUCUCCCUCAAUGGACAAUUACAUCACCGUCUCGUUCGCUUUUCCUUUUCUUUUUUUUCUUUUUUUUUAUGUUCUCCUUUCAGGAUUCUGUUAAAAUCUCAUCGGCCACAGCAGGCCAUCAGGGAAUAUUGUACAACCACAAUAAAAGAUUAAGAAAGACAAAUACACAUGUUUAUAUCUCCUGUACAAUUAACAGUGGGCUUAGAAAGCCUUCAGCUUAUAAUGUUGCCACCCACAACGGUGCAAUAUUGAC